CUUUAAAAGGAUAGCCUGGUGUUACUUCAUCGCCUUCUUUCGUUUGGCCUUUGAAUCCUAAUAUAAUCUUUUUAAGUUUAUCAAUCUUCUCGAUUCAUCUAAGUUUUGUUCAAUUCUUGUUUCUCAGAUAACUCAUCUUUUGAUUCGUUUCCUUCUGUUCUGUUCUCAGAUCUAGAUCUAGAUCUAGUUUUUUUUUUUUUUUUUUUUCGUCGGGUUCUGAUCUAGGGUUUGGUUUUUGGGAAUUUUGAAGAAAAAAAAAUAUUAGGAAUGAUUCUAUGAGCUACUCAAUCCUGUUUCGUCGGAUUCGAAUUCUACACUCUUUCUCCGUCGUUUACCUCUACUACACAUACGUUUUCUCAUGAAAUAAUCGUUCUCGAUCUCAUCUUUUUCGUUUUGAUCUAACUUAUUCUUUGAUAGAUUUAGAAUUCGGGGAAUUUUCAGAUUGUGCCUAAGAAUUUGGGGGUUUUUAUAGGAAUAUAAUAUUUCUAGAAGAAGAAGAAUAUUAUAUUGAUUUUAAUUUUUGGUGAGAACAAGUCAAAAAGUCAACGAAAUGGGGUCGUUGCAAAGGCAAACAAGUCCUGAAUCCGAUAAUGAUCCGAGGUACGCGACGGUUACGGAUGAGAGGAAGAGGAAGAGAAUGAUCUCCAACAGAGAAUCUGCUCGUAGAUCAAGGAUGAGGAAACAGAAGCAACUUGGUGAUUUGAUCAAUGAAGUUACUCUUCUCAAGAAUGAUAACGCUAAAAUCACCGAGCAAGUUGAUGAAGCUUCAAAGAAAUACAUUGAAAUGGAGUCUAAGAACAAUGUCUUGAGAGCACAGGCUUUGGAGUUAACGGAUAGGUUAAGAUCAUUGAACUCUGUGCUUGAGAUGGUUGAAGAAAUCAGUGGUCAGGCUUUGGAUAUUCCUGAGAUUCCUGAGUCUAUGCAGAACCCUUGGCAGAUGCCUUGUCCAAUGCAGCCAAUCAGGGCUUCUGCUGAUAUGUUUGAUUGCUGAGGAUGAUUCAUUCCUACCUUAAGGAUCCACAAAGAAGCAUUGAGAUGGAGUCUUUGGUCUGUUUUACUUACUGUCCUUGUUGGUUUUUCUUUUUCUGGUGGUUGGAGUUUUGUAACAUUUAGUGUGUCAUUGGUCAAUGAGUCCUGUGUUGUCAAGUCUCUUAAGUUUCUGCAAUUUCAUAUUGUCCGUGUCUUUGUAUGGUUUUGUAGCCAUAGUCCUCUCUAGUCUUGUCUCAUGUAAUUUGUGUCUACUGUGUUUCUUAUUGAAUUCAAGCUUUCUUAUUGUUCUCUGCGCA